AGACCUUCUUCUGAUAAGGAGACCAUUGCCUUAUAGAGCAAGUCCUGCACAGUAUCCCAGCCAGCAGGAGAGAGACACUAAAGUUAGACCUGGCAACUGCAGACAAAAGAGAACUACGAAUAUCAAAGAGCUCCCAUCAUGGAGAAAUUCAAGGCUGCAAUGCUGCUGGCUGGGGUUGGUGAUUCUUUAGGUUACAAAAAAUUCAGCUGGGAAAUUUGUUCUUCAGGCGUAAAGAUUCAAGAAGAACUGAAGCAAUUAGGAGGGCUGGAAAAUUUAGUGUUAUCAGCAGACAAAUGGCCAAUAAGCGACAAUACACUUAUGCAUAUGGCUACUGCAAGGGCUCUGGUCUCAGAUUACUGGUGUUUGGAAGACUUGUACCGUGACAUGGUAAAGAGGUAUAUUGAUGCGGUAGACAAGUUGCAAGGGCGACAACAAGAUCCAGCAACUAUUGAAGGAUGUUCACAAUUAAAACCGGAUAAUUAUUUACUUGCCUGGCAUACCCCAUUCAAUGAAAAAGGUUCAGGGUUUGGCGCAGCAACCAAAGCCAUGUCUAUUGGAAUGAGAUAUUGGAAACCAGAGAGACUUGAGACACUAAUUGAAGUCAGCAUUGAAUGUGGGAGAAUGACUCACAACCAUCCAACAGGAUUUCUGGGUUCACUCUGUACUGCCUUGUUUGCUUCGUAUGCAAUACAACAGAAGCCCAUUGUUCAGUGGGGCAGAGACAUGUUAAAGGUAAUACCGAUGGCUGAAGAAUUUUGCAAGAAGACAAUACGACACAUGGCAGAAUACCAAGAACACUGGUUUUACUUUGAAGCCAAGUGGCAAUUUUACCUGGAGGAGAGAGAAAUAACAGAAGACAAUGAAAAUAAACCUGCUUUUCCUGACAAAUAUGAUGCUGAAGAGCGAGAUAAGACGUAUAAAAAAUGGAGCUCAGAGGGCCGUGGGGGAAGGAGAGGACAUGAUGCUCCUAUGAUUGCAUAUGAUGCCCUGUUAGGGGCUGGGGAUGAUUGGAAAGAACUCUGUAAUCGAGCUAUGUUCCAUGGAGGAGAAGGUGGUGCAACAGGUUCAAUUGCCGGGUGCCUGUUCGGACUGCUGUAUGGUAUAAAUAACGUACCUAAGGGACUCUACCAGGAGUUCGAACUAAAAGAGCAGCUCGAACACUUGGGUGACAAACUUCAUCAACUAUCUACAAAGGAAAACAAUAUAAAGUCAGUGGCCCAUGGUGGUAAGAUGUUGACUGAUCUACUGUGGCUGAAAAAGAAAGCCAACAAGAAUGUGAAUUCAGGCGAAAGCUUGGUUCUCAGCAACCUGCUUGAAUACAUCACCAACUUGAACAGCUUGAACUCUACAAGAACCAACAUGCAGACCUCUAGUGAUCGGGAUAAUGCGACUCUAUGCAAUAAGUUUAAACAAGCUUACAACGGCAAGGGCAUCAGGAAACCAACCAGAUUCCAGCUUUUGCAAUCCAAGUUCAUGAAUCCAAACCAAAGGCCAUCAAUGAAAAAGCAGAGAGAAGUAGGAAAGCUGAUAUGUAGGGACAAGCAACAUGUCACCAGAGCACCUGUUAACAAUCCAGUAAAAAAAUUAGAUCUUUCAAAGUAUCCAAAUCUCAAAAAAGAAAGUAAUGAUCUGCCCUUGCAUACUGACAAGGUCGUUUGGAAUAAAUCUAAUGGAAAGUCAAGAGUGAAGUCAAUUCUAAAAAGGUUUAUUGCUGCAGAGGAGAAUGGAAAUAAAGAUAGCCCUCUAAAUUCAAAAAUGGGGAACAUGAAAAGUAAUGCUCCCAAAAUACUUCGUAGAAAUACAGUUAUUUCAGCUUUAAAAGAAAAGUUUGAACAAAACUCAACAAUUUGCUCAGUGAGAGAGGUAGAGAAGUCUUCCGUUGUUCCCAAAUUGCAAAAGCAGAAUGAGAAACCACCAGCAAACAAGUGUAUUAAGAAAGCAGGGGUAAAAGUAUUACAGAUUCCAGCAAUGGAAGUAGAAUACUUACAUCCACCUACUCAUGAACAUGCAAAUUUGGUGGAAGAGACCACGCUGGUCUAUGUAGUUAAAAAGAAUAUAAUGCAUGGCCCUGUUGCUUGGAUGACACAUAAUGCAAACCAUGUUCAAUCUAAAACAUAUUGUAGUGAGCUUUGUAAGAUAAAUGACACAAAGAAAGGACUAGAAGAACAAAUGAUCAAAAAUUAUACAAAUGGUCAAGUUGUCUUACAGGAAACAAAUGGGCCUGCUUGUUCAAGAAAUGAGAUUGGUACAAUGAAAGAAACAAAUAGCACUGACUGGACAAAUGAAAAAAAUGUACCAGGAGCAAUGGCGGAUAAGUCAACCACUCAUCAAGAGAGUCUUCAAAAAGCCGACAAUCAUUCUGAACUGAGGAAUGCAGUUUACAUUUCAGGAGAUGAGAAAAAUAACGGGGCCCAAGAAAACACAGAUGCCUCAAAAAAUAGAUUAGAACAGGAAAUAAUGAAUGGACAUUUUACUGAGAAACCAAAGAUGAUAGAGGAUACAACAGUAAAUAUUUUAAGUGAAAAAGAGUAUGAAGCGCAAAGAAGUAGGUCUACGCAAGCUCAUAAAAUAAUGGUUAACCAUCUUAAUUCUGUAUGCCAAAAAGAGAAUCUGGAAAAUAGGUAUUUAGGUACUCAUGACAACAAUGAAAUCCCUCUUGACCAAGGCAAUCACAAAACAAAAAAUGAAGAAAGAGUGGAGCACCCAAUGACUGAUAAUAAGGGCAACUUAAAAACACGUAAUGUGAAAGGAGAUCAGCAACUAGUAGAUAGAAGUGAAUUCACCAAAAAUGAGGUUGAAGUAAAAUAUAAGGGAAUAGCUGUACUGCCAACACAUGGUGGUGCGCAAUACCUCGGUAAAAGCAAAAAUAAUGUGAAAAAUGAGGACGUAGUCAAAGACAUAUUAUGUGACAUCCCCAACAAAAACACAAAUGUCACAAAUGAGGAUGAAUCAGAGAAAGACACAACAGAGGACAAAGACAGUAUUACCAUCAAGAUCAAGAACGAAGCAAGCAGUUUCCAGGAAGAUGUUAACUGUAAGUUGAAUCUCAGCAGUAGCAUGACUGAAGCAAGUCAUAAGGAUGAGGCAGAUGGACAACCAUCUAAGGGUAGCAUGCACUGCCUCGACAAGGGCAUAAGUGAAGUGAAAAAUGAGGACAUAGUUGAACACACAGUGAGUAACAGUAUAUCUAUAGUCAAGAAAAAUAAUAUGAAAUUUAAGGAACAAUCAGAGGAUAACCAAAUGGAGGAAGAAAACUGGUGCAUUCUCAGCAAGAAUAAGAACACAAGAAGCAGUGAAAAAGAAGAUGUGGGAAGUGAAUUCAUUAUCAACAAACCUAAGAGUGAGGUAAAUUCCAAGGAGGAAACAGCUGACCAACCAACAAAGGAGCACAGCCAACACAAGAACCAAAAUUAUGUGAAAAAUAAGGAAACCAAUGAAAGCAAAGUAAGCGAGUAUGAGUAUAUCCCCAACAUAAACAACGUCAAAUAUAAUAACAUAUCAGAGGAAUAUCCAGCUGAGAAUAGUAAGAAAAUUCUCAGCAAGAAUAAAAGCACAGCAAACAAAAUGGAUGAAGACAAUGAACAACCUACAGAUAAUGACUACACUUCCACUACAAAUGAUCGUCUAACUAAAAAUGACUUGAGUAUGAGUUUUAAACAAAACAAUGACACAUCACGCAUUCAUAACAAAAAACAAGGUGUUGUGAAAUCUGAAAAGAAAAGUCCAAAGCAGGAGUUAAACUCUUUGGUGGAUAACAACAUGCAAAAACAAGGAAUUUGUGAUGCAAAUGUGAAUCAUGAAUCACACAAACACAUUUCACCUUCUAUGAUGAUUCCUACAAUCACCUUACACAGAAAAGAAAGAACAUCAGCAAAACCAAAUGAAGUCAUUAAGCAAUUAGUGAACACCAGCAGCGAUGGAAUGGAAACAAGUCUGAGGCUUAAAUUGGAUAAUGGUCACCCACAGUCUGUGACAGAUGACGUUAGUUUCAAGAUGAAGAGUGUUUGUAAAUUGGAAAGGACAUAUGGUUUAAGCUACGCAAUUACUGAUUCAUCUCCAAAUGAGGACACACUGGAGGAUAUUCCUUCAUUUUGUAACCUUAAAAAACAAGGGACUGGCAGUACUGAGCCAAUUGUACAUUUUGAAAAGGCAACCUGUAAAAAUAUACUAACUCACCAUAAUAACAUACGUAUCCCAAAGUCUUCUUCUAUCAAAAUCCAGCAAACAUCUGAGUCUGAAUGUAUCAAUAAUCGUGAUAAACUGAAUUGUAAAUCAUUAGCCAAGCCCGGGAAACACCAUUACCCUCAAAAUCUUGUGUCUGAGACUAUGGGACAAAAACAGGAAAAUUCUAGAGAGCAUAUAAAUCGAACAGAAGAUAUGGACAAGGAGAGAUUGCACAAACAUCAAGUAAACUCAAAGUAUCAAAUCCCUUCAUCCAAAGAUCUGUGCAGCAAAGAAGAAUCCAUGGCAUCUCCUACUCGUAGAACAAGCUGUACCACCCUUGGUGACUCAUCCAAGUACAAAGUACAAAGUUACCAGGACCCUAAAAUAUCCUCCACACAAUCAUUUAAGCCUUUAGUUGUCAGAGCAAGUGAUACAUUUAAACAUUAUACUUGAUUUGUUUUUCUCAAUGUUUCAUCUCCUAAAAUAUAUCAUAUAUGAGAUUCCUUACUAAAUUACAGUAAUAGAUAAGGUGUGUCAUCAUACACUUGACUAGACAAAGUCAAAUUAGAUGUUGGCUACUAACUGGAAGUACUGGUAUCUAGCAAAUUGCCCCUUUAACUGUUCCUGAUUCAGGUAACCUCAAAUCAGUGGAUUAUAAUAAUAACCUAUUUUAUACUAAGACUAUUUUUGUUCUCCCAAGUGGAACUCCAUGCACUUUGCAUUCAAAACUAUAGCUGAUUAGUGAAUGCUACUUAUAACUUCAUCAGACAUGUAUAUUUCAGUAAACAAUAGUAAACUAUAGUAUGUUCCUAAACGUGUUUACAUUUGUGAUUGCUGGGUUUUCCCACUUCAUGCAAGACUGAUUAACAAGCCAUCAUCAUCAUCAUCAUCAUCAUCAUCAUCAUCAUCCUGUCUCCAUCACCAAAGAUUAAUGAGCAAAAAGCAAAAUAUGUUAAUGUUUGUACUAUGUUUUAACUGUACUAUCUACUGACCGCUUUACAUUGUUGCCAGACUGCUUGUGAAUAAUUUUGAAACCAUGAUA